AUGUGUCCCCAGCUAUUCACUUGCUUACAUUCUGCAGAUGCAGAGGCUGCAGGUCCUGGAGUCAAGCAGGAGAGGACUGAGGGACAGAAGGACACACGGCACAGCAGAGACAUCCAGACUGGAGGGUCUGGAGCGCCCCCUGUAGCCACAGAGAAUCCCACCACCGCCCCAGCACAGCCCAGGACCAUACGCAGCAUCACGGAGGAGGACGGUUCAGAGGUGCUGCUGGUGAAGGAGGAGGGGUGUGAGGAGGGUCUGGGCAACCCUGAGGGGAACAUAGUCAUGGAGGACAACCAGACUACACCUCCUCCUGAACCCACAGAGGAACCAGCUGAGCAGCACAGCACCACACACAGUCUCAAUGAGUCAGUAGACAUGGAGGAUGGGAAGCCUGACCUGCUGCUGGUCAAAGAGGAGACGAUAGAAGACGGACCAGAGAGCAUUGACCUGCAGAGUGGACUAAAGAUGGGGGAGCAAGGUGGUUGGUUGGAGGCUAAUAGAGGAGACUGGACAGCCAUCUUGGAUUCCCAGACCCUGACCGGUGCAGCCAAGAGCCCAGGGGAUGACGUCACUGAGCAGGUCAGGACCAGAGGUGACAUAGUGGAGUCUGCAGUCGAAGAAGACCUGCUGAUAUCCAGUGUUACUGGUGCGGGAGAGUGGACCUCUGAAGCGGCUGAUCACAAACUCUGGCCCCGGAUCAGGAUCCGGGACCAGGAGCCUUCACUCUUCCUUUCUGAGUCAGAACCAGGACCCAAACGCGAGUUUGAGAGACUCCACCACCACACAGAACACAACCAGUGGACAGGUGGACUGAACAACCUCAGUCCUGGUGGUCAUCAGAGAGACAGAGGCUCCAGUCAGGGAUCCAGUCUGCAGCCCAGACCCUUCUCUUCACAGUCUCAGUGCAGGGAUGGAGCAGGGCCUGGGGCUGAUAGAGAGAGAUCCUCCUUUUCCUAUGAUGCAAAUGCCAUAGUAUCCAUGAUGGACAGACCAGGUCACCCUGGGCUUCAGCCUUCACAGAGAGUGGUGGGAGACCGCCCUGGCGGUAGUCUUUCAGGAAGUCUGUCUUCUCCUUCAGGGUCUCGUCUAAUGCCUGGUGACUGGGUUCAUAGAAGGCCUGGACCUGGACCUAGCCUUCCUCAGCUGCCUCAUGGUAACCCCACGAAUGCAGACAGGGUCAGGAUGGGUGUUCACCAUGAGAGGUACCUAGCCUAUAACACAGCACACAAUCCCAACAACACCCAAACAAUGGCUAGAGGUCAAGGAGGUAGCUCGAAGUUGGCUCCUACUUCUCCCUCUACCUCAUCUGGUGUCAUUGGGUCACAACGUGGUAGGCCGAGCAUUAAGACGGACGCCGACAAGCCGUAUGCCUGCCCCACGUGUGGAAAGCGCUUCGCUCAUGCGAACUAUGUGAAGCAGCACCAGACUGUUCACACCAAGGAGAGGCCUUUCAUGUGCAAGCUGUGUCACAAGAGCUUCUCCUUUCAGAGUAACCUUAUCAAACAUAGGAGUGUCCACAAUGAGGAGAAGUCAUAGCAGUGUGGCUUAAGAUGUACACAGGGGAUGUCUGGGAACCAUUCUUUAGCUGACAUUAUAGUUAUCAUGUGAAGUGUCUUGGGGUAAGAGGGUUUUUGGAUUACUAAGUCCCUCAGCGCUGUUCAAUGUCAGUCCUGGAGGGCCAAAACCCUUCUGGUUUUUAUCUUCUCCUAAUAAGGGACUAAUUCCGUCCUAGGACACCAGGGGAGUGCAAUUAACUACCAGGACUGAACAGUAGUUAGUUUUGUACUAAAAAAAUAAAUGAGAAAUCAUGUUGUCCUUU